GCAGAGAGGAGUCAGCACAGCGGGCCUUUCAUCUGGAGCAGGGCGUAAACACUUAAGCUGUGGUUGCAGGCACAUUUAGAGCCGGUAAACUUCUCCUGUUAUUACCAACUAAGAGGGCAAAUUCCUAGUAUGUGUUCAUCUACUCGGCAGUAAAACCUGUUCCUGAUUCGGAUUUCUCAUCCAGAUUUGUUCAUAGAUAACUGGACAUGGCACCUGGUAAAGAGAAGCUGCGGCUCUUGUUUCAUUUUGCCAUGGUGUUCUCGGUGGUUCUGACCUCAGCCCUGAAAACCCUAGAUUCAGACCAGGAGCUGCAGGACAGCGGUUUUGGUCAACCGCCGCCUCGCCACGGCCUCAAGCUGCUGGUGUGGUACGUUCAGGACUGCCUGGACAACAACAUGCGGGCUCUGUGUGAUCCCAUUAAAGGAGAGUUUGGAUUUCAUUGGUAUAGGAACAUUCAGAAACUGCUUCCAAUAAUAAAGGACAAAAAGCAAUAUAAAUACUACACCAUCGGAAACCUCCACUCUUCACAUGCUGGGGACCUGCCCUUUGAAGUCAAGGAGUACUACAACCGCAGUGACCCUAAGAGCAACAUGGACAGAGUUUUGGUGAGAUAUAACAACAACAAUAAACGCAUCGACCAAAUCUACGCAUCUGCACAUUAUAAUCCAAAAGAGACGUACAUAAUUGGCCCCAAUCUUCUUGCCUUUCUUCGACAACAGCCCGGCAUUAUCCUAAAUGUGAUGUUCAUCUGAUGUCAGACUCUGUGACAACUUGAAUAGCUCUGUGAUUCAUUCCUCCCAACAUAUCAUCACAUUUCAACAUUUAUUAAACAAUAUGGAUGUGGCUGCUGCUUUUCUUUGUGGUCUGAAUGCAAAAAAAGUGACAGACAUUGUUGAUGAGUAUAUUUCCUGAAAGUCAAGUUUCAUGUAUCCCUGCUUUUAGAAUAUACAUAAGAAUGCAUAGAAAAAGUGUCUUUGACCAAUAAAAUAAAUGCUCAAA